GUAUGUAUUACGGUUUUUAUGUGUGUUCAGACCUUAACAUUAUAGAGCGUAUAAUUUUUAAAAAAGUUUGGUUUAAAAAAAUUGUAGAAAAAGUAUGUAUAAAAUCAACCGUUUACCAUUUUAUCGUUUGUAUUAUUUUUGUUUCGUGAAUGUCUUAAGUUAAUUUUAAUUUUAUCUGUAACGAUAUGGCUGACGAAUCCGAAAAACCACCAUCAAAUCAAAUAGUUAUUAAGCCUAAUCCAUACACAACUAUACUGGAUAACGAUCAAAAUACGAUUUUGCACUAUUCCGCCGCCAGAGGUAAAGACGAAGAUUUCGCGAAAAAGUUAAUCAAAAAUCAGAAAUUAGAUGUGCAAAAUUACUUAGGGUGGACUCCCAUGAUGAUGGCAUGUAGAAAUGGACGAAUCAGCACUGUUAAAAUAUUAUUAGAGCUUGGCGCUGAUGUCACUAAACAUAAUAAAUAUGGAAUGUCCGUGUUUUUAAUAAGCAUUGCAGGAGGCAGCUUAGAAAUUGUAAAAAUGAUAUUAGAACAUUUGCUCGAGGGAGGCAUUUCUAAGAGAAUUAUGCAAAGAAUACUGUCUCCUUUAUCGUUGUCAAUUUUAUUCAGAAAUCAUGACAUUUUGCAAUAUUUGAUUCUACAAAAAUUUGACAUAAAUGGUGCAACACCCAGUACAGGUAUAACACCCUUGAUGUUCGCAGCUUCUAUGGAAGACAACAACGCAUUCCUGCUGCUCCUUAAACAUGAAGCUGAUCCUAAAAUAAAAAACUACCUAGACGACACCGUCAACGACAUAAAAAAAUCCAGACACCAAAAAUCCAAACCUCAAAUGUCAGUGCCAAUAAAACUGACACCGGCUGAGAUGAUUUCGAGAAGUCCCCACAUGGUUCCUCAAUACUUCUUGUCUCCAAGACCAUCUUAUAUAAAUUUAAGUCCGGGAUAUCUUAUGGGCAUUGGAAAGACGCCUACAAUUUUGCUUCCGUCGCCUAAUCCAAUUACGCCUAUGCCUCUAGGGAUGCCGCAAAUGUUUUUCCCACCUGAGUUUUCGCCUAAUCAUUUCGUGACCGUCAGUCCAGUACCUGUGUCAACUUUUUUCGGUAAUGAAGAUAUGUAUAACAAAUGUUAGGUUAGGAUAGAACGACUUUUUUUAAUAAUCAAAGAUAUUUUAUUUUUUCGUACCUAUUUUUGAGUUUUAAUGACAUAAAAUGUUAAUUCAUUAAUAAAAUAAUUUUAGCUAA